AUGAUAACGAAAAAACCGAAAUUCCCAAGCUACUAUUCGCCUCCGGAUAUGACUAGUGAAUUAGCUACACGGAUUGUUGGAGGUCAUGUUAUGUCUGUUGCCAUUAUUGGAUUAUGUUUUAAUAUUUUCCUGUUUUUUCAUUUUAUGUCCUUCAAGGAAAAAUUGAGUUUCUAUAUUUUGUGCACCUCCAAGACUAUUUCAAAUUCGAUGUCAUUAUUGGUAUAUUUAUGUUACAUUGGUCCGGUGAACUUGUUUUUUACUGACAUCGGCUCCACAUUUCUUAAUACUCGAAUUCAACAAAUUUUUGGAUUUGGACUAUUUAUGCAAGGUCCCAUGACCCAAAUGAUAAUCACCGUGAACCGUUUCCUUGUUAUCAUGUUCUCCCCAACCACAGUUCCAAAAUACAACAUUCAUAUUACUGUAGCUACUCUGUCACUAGUUUGGCUGGCUGGCAUCUGGUGGUCCACACUUCCCGGAUUCAAAGAAGAGUGUUUCGCUCCCUUUGUAUUCCCCCAUGUUGGAUUUUUUUUAACCGAAUGUAAUCAGAAAAUUGUUGUUUGGGUGGCAUGUAUCAUUGUAUCAUUGGCCGUUUUCAAUAAUUCUAUGAACAUAGUUUUAGCUAUCAAAUUAGCAAUUUCAGUGAGAAAAAUGCGUGGAUUUUCAUCAGAAGUCGCAAGAAUUCGGCGCCGCCAAACCACUCGAUUUUUCAUCCAAUCGUGUAUUCAAGACUGGUUUACUGCGCUGGUCUGUGCCACUAACAUUAUUUCCGUUGAUCACAUUUGCCCAACUAAUGCCUGUUCGAUUUUGACCACUUUUGCAGUGGAUUCAAUGAAUUACACUGGGGAUGGAUUCGUGAUGUUCGUGUUCAAUUUCAAAAGAAGAGCCAACAAGACUUCUGGUACAAUAGUCGUCAGCUCUGUUGUUAAUAACUAG